GUUACUUAUCAAUUUGUGAUGACAAUAAUGAAUGUUGCUGCGUGGGGGGCAGUGUGUCAACAGACUCACCAGGAAGUGACAUGGCAAUGUUAAAACUAUUUGUAUUGACUCACGUCUAACGUCACUCUAACUUUCACUGCUGGGGAUACGACAAAUCCAGAUAGAUUGAUGGAAAAGGCAAUGGAAUAUCUAUAAUCAUCAUUAUCAUUUAACAGCAACAGGACUGUCUACACUACUAUUGCAGGUCUUCAGCUCUGCCUUCAGCACAGACGAAGUCGAGAGCAACUCGCAGAGCAAGGCAUCAUGCCCCCUCUAAAAGCCCCUGCUGCCUUCCACGAGAGGAUUCGCAGUCUGGAGAGAGCGAGGGUAAAAGACAUGACGGGGAACUUCCUGAAGCACAAGCUUUGCCGCAGACCGGCUCGCUCCGAGUUGGUCCGCAUUCUGAAAGAGAGCAAGGCCGAUGCUUCCCUGCAGGCCGCUCAGAUGAAGCUGAAGAGGGCCCGGCUGGCUGAAGAGCUCAAUCAAAAAAUAGCCUGCAGACCUGGACCCAUGGAACUGGUGGAGAAGAACAUCCUGCCUGUGGACAGCGGUGUCAACAAGGACCGCGAAGGCGAUAGUCCAGACCCCAGCGAGAUGGCCGAUGUUUACACUUUUACCGACGACAAGAGUGACGCUUUAUCGCCAGAUCCAUGUCUCCAAACGUCUCCCGGCACCAGCUCGACUGAGGCUGCGUCUCUUUGUUCUUCCAGCUCCCCUGUACAGCAGCCUCAACCAUCUGAGUCCUCACCUGACCACUCCUCCUCCUCCAGUGAGCAACUGGCAGCUUCAUCUCAGUCAAUCACUGCUGUGCUCACAAAGCAGCAGAGCUCGCCAAAACCGACAGGCGAGAAAAGCCGCAGCAAAAAGAGCCGAGAGGCCAAGCCGAGGAUCCGCAAGCUCAAAUAUCAUCAGUACAUUCCCCCGGACCACCACAAACACGAGCAAAAGUCGUCACCAGAAGCCGUGGCGGCACACAUGGACGCCGCCUACAUGCGCAUUCUGCAGCAACAGCAGCACUUUUUACAGCUGCAGAUCCUUGGCCACCAAGCGGCGCUUAAUUUAAAAGGCGAAUUUCAAAGCAACUGCAAGGUCCCGAAAGAAAACUGCAAACCAGAUCAGUUGCCGGUCAACCUAGAUGAAAUGAAGGUGGCUGAGCUGAAGGUGGCGCUCAAACUGCGCUCACUUCCUGUCUCCGGAACCAAAAUGGAUCUGAUUGAGCGGCUCAAAUCCUAUCACGAGAGUGUCCUUAACGUCGAAACUAAAGCUCCUGAAAAGACCACCUCGGUGCCCCCCAAAGUGUCCGGCGCGGCUUUGGAGAACCGCGGUGACAAAACUGAUCCUGUGGUGCCCGGGUCUCAUGAGAAGGACCGUCGUCUGCGUGAGAAGGAGCUUCAGAUCGAGGAACUGAAGAGGAGGCUGGAGCGUGAGCAAAGGUUGGUGGAGGAGCUCAAGUUGCAGCUGGAGGUGGAGAAGAGGAAUCACCAGCUAGGAGAAUCCUCGUCGCCUGGCCUUGCUCCUCGCUCUCCCCUCCAGGAGGAACGCGAGGUCAAACGUGAGAAGGACGCGGAGCACGGCCUCUUACCGCCUCCCAGCUCAACUGCGCAACUUCCUCAACACGGCGUCAAAUUGCAGUCGGCAAAAAUAGACGACUCGACACCUCAGAGCAAGACCAACCAUCGUGGUUGUUCUCCAGACUUCUUGCCGACGCUGCGCAAUUGUAAGAACCUCCGAGAGCCUCCUCCCUAUGAAGACGCGGUGAAACACACGCGCAUGCAGCCCGCCAUUCAGGGCUUGUAUGCAGCGAGCCAGCAGAUGGACGACCUGUUUGACAUCCUCAUCGAAAGCGGCGAGAUGUCCCCUUUCCUAAAAGUCAACCCUCCCGUCGACAACAAACGAGUGGCAGUAACGCCCAGCGUCACCCUACUGCCUGUCAACACCGCUCUGUCGCGUCCGCCCCCCCGUGUCCAGGUGGCGCACGUGCGGAACGAGGAGAUUCCUUCCCCCCUGGCAGCCAUGGAAAUGGAGCUGGGCGACUCCGACGUCCACGGGAUGGACUGGUUGGAUCUGAGCGUGUCAGCUGGAGAGGGUGUCUUCUCCACUGACUUCCUGGAUGCUUACCAACUGCUCUAGGGAAUAACCACACUUCCCGUAUAAAAAGGAUUGCAAUGGUGGUAUUUCAAAAUAUCAACCUGCAUUUCUACAGAGACUGGAAGAGUGACAAACAUGCAUCCAAGUGGACUUUCUUGAAAAUUAUGUCAAUUUUGCCUUUUAAGCUCUUCGUCAGAGGAAAAAAAGUACUGAAACGUAGAACAUUGUCUUGUGCAUUCAUAAGUUGUAUAAAUAACAUCUUUAGGGUCAGGGAGCACCUGGAAACCUUUCAAAACAUUAGUGUUUCUGAGCGACCAAAAAUACAAGAAAAAAUAAACGAAGGCAGAAGCCCAAUCCCGCCACAAGAUAAAACAAAUAAAAUGAAAACAUUUUUCAACAAAACAAGAAGCCCAUUUCUGCAAAUGGAAAAUUUCUUUUAUCUGCCACUGCUGCUGUUUUCAGCAGUGGAUUAAUUGACCUUGACCUAAAUGACCUUGACAACCGCACGGAAGACCUGGCCAUACCCGUAGCAAUGACAGUCUACCAUACCUGUCAGACUGUAACCGACAGACUGCCAUACAAGUCAGAAUGCCAUACCCGUCAGACUCUCAUACCCGAUAGACUGCCAUAUCCGUCUGAAUGCUAUAGUUGUUAGACUGUCAUACUUGUCAGACUGCCAUACCUGACAGGCUGCCAUAUCCGUCAGACGGCGGAAAGUCAACGUCAGAGAAAUUUUUGGGUGGUCCCAUAGGACCCCAUGCACAGGCACAAGCCCACAAGACACAUCUUAUUAGGGUAAUAAGGGUUAGGGUGUAUAUAUGAAAAAAAAAAAAAACCUUAGUGACUGUUACCAUACCCGUCAGAAUGCCCUACCCGUCAGAAUGAUCUACCUGUCAAAUUACCAUACCUGUCAGAAUGCGCUGCCUGUCAGAAAACGCUGCCUGUCAGAAUGCACUACCUAUCAAAUUACCAUACCCAUCAGAAUGCACUACCUAUCAAAUUACCAUACCCGUCAGAACACGCUACCCAUCAAAAUGUGCUACCUGUCCGAAUGCGCUACCUGUCAAUUACCAUACCAGUCAGAAUGCACCACCUGUCAAAUUGAUAUACCAGUCAGAAUACGCUACCCGUCAGAAUGUUCUACCUGUCAAAAUGUGCAACCUAUGAAAUUACCAUGCCGUCAGAAUGUGCUACCCGUCAGAAUGAGCUACCUGUCAAAUUACCAUACCCGUCAGAUUGCGCUAUCUAUCAAAAUGUGCUACCUAUCAGAUUGUGCUACCUAUCAAAUUACUAUACCCGUCACAAUACGCUACCCGUCAGAAUAUGCUACCUGUCCGAAUGCGCUACCUGUCAAUUACCAUACCAGUCAGAAUGCUACUACACCUGUCACCAUGUGAAUGUGCUACCUGUCACCACGUGUCAUACAUGUCAUAAUGCACUACCUGUCAUACCCGUCAAAAUCCUCCACCUGUCAAAUUAUCAUACAUGUAAAAACUGGUGAGAAUGUGCUACCUGUCAGAAUGCGCUACCGGUCAGAAUGUGCUACCUGUCAAAUUACCACACCCGUUACAAUGCGCACCUGUCAGAAUGCGCUACCUGUCAAAUUACCACACCCGUUACAAUGCGCAAUCCGUCAGAAUGCGCUACCCGUCAAAUUACCACAACCGUCAGGAUGCAAUACCUGUCAGAAUGACCUACCUGUCAAAUUACCACACCCGUCAGAAUGCGCCACCUGUCAAAUUACCAUACUCGCUAGAAUGCGCUGCUCGUCAAAUUGCUAUACCCAUCACAAUGCGCUACCUUUCAAAUUGCGAUACCGUCACAAUGGGUCACUUGUCACAAUGCCCUACUUGUCAAAUUUCCAUACCGUCACAAUGCCCUACUUGUCAAAUUUCCAUACCCGUCAAAAUGUGCUACCUGUCAUAUUAGCAUACCUGUCAGAAUCCGCUACCUUUCAAUUUAACAUACCGUCAGAAUGAGCCACUUGUCAAAUUACCAUAGCGUCAGAAUGCGCUACCCAUCAGAAUGCACCACCUGUCACCUGUCAGAAUGUGCUACCAGUCAAAUUAACAUACCUGUUAGAAUGCGCUACCUGUCACAAUGCGCUACCUGGCAAAUAACCAUACCUGUCAGAAUGCGCACCCGGCGUGAAUGCGCAAGUGGGGAGAAACUCUAAAAAUGUUGUCACCCAAAUUAUGAUUAGGCAUACAGAUAUUUAUGUUUAGUGUAGAGAAAAGGUGUAGAAUAUAUUGUAUUAUUAACAUAAUAGAUCUUAAAGUUGAUACAAUGGGAGUAUGACAUACUCUCAUUGUGAUCAGUCAACAUACCUGGUUUAUUAAGACAAAUCAGUGAACAGGAAGUUUAUGAGGGAACAGAUGAAAAUAAAAGAAACACAAGAAAAGAAAGAAAAGAAACACAAACAACCGCAAGAAAUACAUUGAACGCCUACACUAACAAUGAAUAUGUUGGCGCUAUCGUCAGCUAGAUGUAUUUCCAGUUGACACCAUGUAGGGGGCCUGUUAACCAGCGCAGCCCAUCCCUUCUCCCGCAGCCCAGCCUAGGGGCCAUCGUCACCCCCCAGGGAUCCAGGGUGGUCCCCCGUGCCCCCAUCAACUGGCCUUCAGGGAUGGGAAGAGGGGACGCACCACCAACCCCCACGCACACGCCCACCCCCGUCCCACCAUCCGGCCCACCAAGCCCAGGACAGGGGAGGGCCUCCUGCCGGAGCAGGCGACACCUUGCCUGGUUUACUCACCGCUGUUCCAGCGAUUGAGUCUGGCGACCGUCCGGCGGCUCAAAUUCCCAGGGUGGAGCAAGCCACAGCAAACAGACAGCGGGGCGGCUCAAAUUCCCAGGGUGGAGCAAGCCACAGCAAACAGACAGCGGAGUGGACCAAUCAACGACUGGCGGACGUGACAUAGGUAAAGCGACAAGAAACUAGCGCGAGCGGAGAAUGGAGAAGGUUAUUUAACAUGGCUAGCAGGAGACAGACUGUUAUCAAUGACUCGUGUCGAUGUGUUUUUGGUAAUUUAAAAUUGAUUUUACCGCCGAUUGGAACAUAUUCUCGGCUCUCCCGUUCGCCAUCUGUGUUGUUGUGGAGAGGACUUCCGACGCGCAAGAGUGACGUUGCUCGUUAAGAACACGUCACGCAAAUACUCAAAUCUGAUUGGACGGAUGAUUUCGUUUGCCUCGAGAGGAAAAGGAGCUGGGUCCCAGACUAUUCUCACAGUGUCUGGAAAAAUACAGGUAGAACAGUCUGGCCGUGCCAGGCAAGGCAACACCCAGCCGACACACCGGCGCCCAGCCAGCGACCCGGGUCGGAGAGCAGGGCAGAUGCCCAGGCAGAUAAGAGAGGGGAAGGCAGAAACAGGAGAACGCCGAGGAGCCGCCGCGGGAUCGGAGCCCUGACCUCCCCCCAGUCCCACGGCCGGCAGCCCAGGCAGAGGGGAGCCCACGCCAUAGAGAAUGUUAAAUGUAUGUGGCGGAAAACAGUCAGUUGACUUAAAGUUCCGCUGUGAGACCGCCAAUUUGGCCGAAUUUCAAAAUAGUCCUACAUACAUGUGUGAUACAUCAUUGGAAAGCUUAAAAUCUUGAUUUUCUGGGGAAAGAAUUUUUUUGAGCAGGAGGGCAUUUAAAAAAAAAUUAAACAGCAAAACCCUAACUGGAGGUGAGUGCAUGAGAGAGCAGAAUUAAAGACGCCACAAUUUUAAUGAGAUAUUCAUCGCGUACUUGCCUCUUUUUGAUCCAAAAACUCCAUGUAGCGUGUAUCACCGAGUGUCAAAACACAGCUGUGAAUGGCCACAGUCGGAUUUUGGGGGCAUUUAUGGCUGAUGGUAAUAUAACAAGGGUCGCAAUGCAGAAAUCGCAGACAUCAAGGAGUGGUCGAGAUUUUCUUUUUCAUAUAUUUACCCUUUUAAAUGUUUUUUUUUUUCCAUUUUUUCUUUGCUUGGAUCGAUAAUUAUCAUCUAGAAUAUUGGGGAAAAUGCGACGUAACAAAAAAAAUACAAUUAAGCGAAAGUUAUAUUGUAGAUAUCCGUGACUUACUUACAGACACCAUUUUUUUAUUGUGACGUAAUUUGUUUGAAUGUUAAAAAUAUGAGUGAAUAAUUUUUCAAAGUCGUUUUUUUUUUUUUUUUUUUAACUAAAUAUUAGACAUCAAUUAAUGAUUUGAAGCUAAAAAUGUCAGCGUUUUCGAACAAUAAAUACAAUUACUUACAUUCUUUUUAUGGCUGUGUUUAAACAAAAGCGGUUACGCGACGUCUGUAAACGGGGGUUUCCUGGGUAAAACGGACAAAUGAAAAAUAGUUCGGGGGCUUACUGCGCCAUGAAUCUGCUAUGGCAGCAUAUAGACAUACUGUUCUAUCAAACACAACAGUUCUUUUGGCUUAAAAUACAGUUUAUUUUAAAGAGGGGUGCAAGAGCAGAAACUGCUUUUUCAGCUUUGUCUGUGUUUUCAGCCAUGCGUAAAAUAAUAUAUAUUUAUUUCAUUCUGUUUUGUGUUUUUUAAUUGCAAGCAAAAUAAAUGAAGAUAUUGCUACCAAAGCAUUAGUAAUUGCAAUAAUUUUCUGGGAGAAAUUGAGCAUUAUCUGACAGAAUUGCAGGGGUGCCAAUACUUUUGGCCAGCACUGUAUCUCUAAAAAACGAUCAUGUAUAGUAUGGUGUUUUUCCACUUUGACGAUCUAACGACCUUGACCUUCCAUUCGAACGACCUUGACGAUGACCCGAAUGACCUUGAAAACUGUCCGAACGACCUUGAAAAUUACCGUUUAAUAAUUAUUGUUUUUAUUAAUUAUAUAUGAUUACUAUUUUUUUAAACAUUUUUUUUGAAUGGUGCACAUAUAGAUUUAUACAUUUUAUUUUAACGAUAAUCUCAGGGGCAGCCCGAAUGUAGGAGGGCCAUCCCAUACAUGAGAAUACAUAAUGAAGUGGAAAUAAGAGACACAUUAGACCUUGUGCCAGUGCAUAGGACCACCUCAAAAAAAUUAUUCGACCUCGACAACCAAAAUUCUAGCUAAAACAUUAAUAGGUAGGACAACCCCAAAUAUUCAGGGAACGACGCCAUUAAACCUACUGAACCCUGGCCAGCUGCGUGCUCAUUUUGGGCUUAAAUGUGGGCUAAUUUUUCAUAUAACACAGGUAGUUUUCAUUCAGUGAGACGAGAAAGGAAAACAACAAAUAACCAAGCUGAGAAAAUUAAUUGGAAUUAUUCGAUGUGUUCUGAUGUGAGGAUUCGCAUUGAAAAAUUCAAGGGAGCGCUAUUGAGCCAUUUAUUAGUUUUUCGCAAAGUCGCAAAAUGAUUGAAAUUUACGCCGAGUCGCAUGUAUCCGCAAAUUUUGGUGAGUUUGGAGCAUGUUAAGGCCUCCAAAUGAUCCAUUUUCAUUUGCCUUGAAAAAGGAAUAAUAAUUAUAAUAAUUUGCAUUACAAUCUUGGCGCUAGGGCCCUAAAAAUAAUAAUAAGAAUUAGGGUUGUUCCGAUCAUGUUUUUUUUGCUCCCGAUCCGAUCGUUUUAGUUUGAGUAUCUGCCGAUACCGAUAUUUCCCGAUCUGAUUGCUUUUUUUUUGCUCCCGAUUCAAUUCCAAUCAGUCCCCUGAGAGAUCUGCAGGGUUGAAGGCAACAUAAAUAGUCUGAAAUAUCAACAAAUCUUGGCUGCCUCUUACAUUCCUAACCAUAAAAAGGGACAAAUUCUGCAGCAGGAUGGUGCUCCAUCGCAUGCUUCAAUUUCUGCCUCAAAGUUCCUCAAGGCAAAGAAGAUAAAGAUCCUCCAGGACUGGCCAGCCCAGUCACCAGGCAUGAACAUCAUUGAGCAUGUCUGGGGUAGUAUGAAAGAGGAAGCAUGGAAGACGAAACCCAAGAAUGUUGAUGAACACUGGGAGGCAUGCAAGACUGUUUUAUUUGAUGUUCCUGAUGACUUCAUCAAUAAAUUGUAUGAAUCCUCGCUGAACCGCAUAGAUGCAUUCCUUUAAGCCCAUGGAAGUCAUACAAAAUAUUAAAUGUGGAUCUCACAGCACCACUACUUAAUUUGCUUAUGUUAUGUAACAUAUGUUUGAAUUUGAAGUACAUUUUUUGUUCAAUUAGCUUUCAUAUGAGCCAUUUCUGAAACCAAUUGAAUAAUUAAAAGUCAGUUUAUUAGCAAUUGUUUCUACAAAAUGGAUAAGCGACGAGACCAAGCCCGGAUCUAGGUUUACCCACCAGAUGGGGCACCCCCAAUGCAGGCUUUUUAUUACCCUCUGCAUUUCUCCGGGCUUGGGACUGGCGAAAGUAAGACACUGGCUUGUGUCCUGUUGAGGCUCCAUUAAUUUUGGGGGGGGUUAUUUGUUUUUUUAUUUUUUUUUAUUCAUCUAUCUACUUAUUCUCGCAGUCGGCAUGAUGUCACGAUGACGUCAUCUCGCAUAGCAAUGUGUCACCAUUUUGAGAUGGGGGCACGCACAGGUAAACAUCCGUAGACAAACGUCUGAAAUUCAUAUAUUUCAGCUGUGUUUUGCAUCUUUUUUUUCAUAAAAUCGUCUUAAACAUGACUUAUUAUUAUCACGAGCCACUGCCGACAGACGCGAGGAGGCGAUACAACUUAAAAUUAGCGUGUAUUGGCCUGCAAAUCUGCCCAUACAGAGUCACAGCUGAUAGCUGGAUAAACAAUCUAAAGGAAUGGCCUGCAGUGGAGUUCGGAAACAUGUACAACUACCUCAUAAAGUCACUCAGUAAGUUGACCUUUAUCAAUUACGUGGAAUAUGUACUGUGCGGAACUAAAAAAACUGGUAGUAUAUAUGGAGUGAUUAUUUCUGCCGUAACCGGUAAUUCGCGAAUUCGUGAACACAUCACGGCAAAAUAAUCAAUUCCCACCAGGCCAAUAAUAUACCGAUUGACCGAUCAGAGCAGUUCACGGCAAACGAAAAAUACCGCUUUGUGAGUUUUCGGUUACGGUAAUAAUAACCACUGCCUAGUCCAUUGAAUCCUAGCAGCUAAUUGGGGGGAAAAAAAAAAAUCGAUUAAAGUUUACUCACCAGUAAUAAAAUGUCAGCUGCAAACGUAAAUGUGCCUGGAUUUAGGUUCCCACUGGCAAAAAUGGUCCAUGGAACCGUCUUCUUUUGCUGUUCCUCGAUUGUUUGUACUACAAUGCACGACAGAGCAACUGCUUGCGACUCUUGUUUUUCCCCCAUUUCAAUAUGGCGACGCUUUGUUGUGGCUGGUGACGUCAUUAAUGCUCGGAUGUCCGACUGCGAGAAUGUGUCUGAAGGAGAGAGAGGAAGCGCGCGGAUAACAAACGAGGUUGGAAAAACAGCUUGUUUUGGUGAUUGCUUGUUCGGCGUGGUUGCGGCCAACAGUAACCGUUAAUCCUGCAAUAAAAAAGUGGGUGAGACCAACUCUCCGUGCGUUCUCUAUAUCCAGUGCGACGCUACAGUAGAUAUUCCCGACAUUUUAAUUGGGUGGGCACGACUCACGUCUGGGUGCCCCCCACCCCCCCCAUACAUCCGGCCCCAGACAAGACUUUUGUCAGGGACUGUAGAAUGGACAUUUGUUGCCGCCAAUGGUAGCUAACAAGACAUACCAAAACCUGUAGAACAUUAUGUCGAACAUUAAUGAAACAAAUACUGAAUAAAUUCAUAAAACCAUGUUUAUGGCGACUUGACAAGCCUUCAGCCUGGAAAAGAAAAUUGUAACAUGUAUUGUAGUGAAUAAAGCAACAACACUAACAGUGCGGUCCUUAUUUAAUAAUAGUUCUUUGAAAAAUAUGCACAAAUGAUAGAAGAGACACAGUCAAAAAAAUUGGACAUAACCCUUCAUAAGAGAUGAGCUUAAUUAAGAGCUGUGCGGUUACAUAGAGUAGGCGUGAUCUUCAAAACCCUACGUGUAUAAAAAGAUAGAUGCUUAAAUUAACACUUUUAUAAAAGUGAACUGCUCCAAAGUGAUCUGGAAAUUUCAGUGGGGUUAAAAAGUAUUAGAAACGUUGACAUCAAAAGCCAAUGCACUUUGUUUUUCGGUGUGAUAGCUACCAGUUGAAAGGGACAUAUAUUAUUUUGAAAUAUUUUACAGUUUAUCUGUUUCAGUCACUUACUUUUCCGUCAUGCAUCGACUACAGCAGACUGUUCCACUCACUUUCAUCAUAUGGCAUUUUCAAUUUUUUCCUGCGGCAAUAAACUUUCAUGUAUGAAAACACAAACACUGUAGUACCUUCAUAAACAUAUUCAUCUGUUGGCUGGUGCAUGAUAAAAGAAAACAAGUCAUUUGCCAAGGUCCUGAGGUAAAAUCAGAUACGGAAAAGGAAAACUUAUCAAAAAUAGACCACAUUUGGUGUAUAAAAGACUUGCGAUGGUGACAAAGUGGAUGCAACCCAUCAAGGACACUUAACCUACUGGAAGGUGGCUCUUGUA